AUGGGAGGCAAACAAAGCCAAACGGGAUUACAACGUAGGGGACCGGUGGACUUUGUGGGGAGGGUGCGGUCCAGGCCCACAACCACCAAAAGAUUGACGGAAGUUAGCGGCUGGGCGGCAACGGUGAUUACGUGGACAGUGGUUACGUGGACAGUGGGGGGAGCUGAGAUGACGAUGGGGAAUUCCGAAUGGUCGAGCCCUGCCCCCGAUUCCGUGAGCGUUUUCGGGAUAUAUUUGCCCGAUCAUAGAGAGGGUGCCUAUGUAGUCGGUGUGGUCGGUCUGCCUAUGGAUGGGAUCAUUGGCGGUGGUGAGUCGGUGUCGGUUCAGCGGCGGCUGAGACAGACGGACGAGCCCAUCCGGAGUGAAUGGCGGUCCCUCCGGAUGUACUCCGUGCUGUAUUUGAUCGAGUCGCUGCGGCUUAAUGGCGAGCGGAGGGAUGACGAACGCAGCUGA